AUGUCAACUAAAACCGACGUCCCUCUCCGUCGCAGAUCCAGUCCUCUUAACGGACACCACACAAACGGCGUCAGCGGCGUUGACAAAACCAACGGAUUAAUAAACAGCCAAAUGGAGAUCAAUGGAAAGAAAACCGACGACGGCUACGUCAACGGAGGUAGAAGCAAUGCGUCGUGCACGACGUGGACGGCGCGUGACGCCGUGAACGUGGCGAGACAGCAUUGGAUACCGUGUCUGUUCGCCGUCGGGGUUGUGUUUUUCACGGGCGUGGAGUACACGCUCCAGAUGAUUCCAUCGCGCUCUGAGCCAUUCGAUAUCGGGUUCGUGGCCACGCGCUCUCUGAAUCGCGUCUUGGCGUCAUCGCCGGAUCUUAACACCGUAUUAGCGGCUCUAAACACGGUGUUCGUAGUGAUGCAAACGACGUAUAUUGUGUGGGCAUGGUUGAUGGAAGGACGAUCUCGACCCACAAUCGCCGCUUGCUUCAUGUUCACUUGUCGCGGCAUUCUCGGCUACUCCACUCAGCUCCCUCUCCCUCAGGAGUUUUUAGGAUCGGGAGUCGAUUUUCCGGUGGGAAACGUGUCAUUCUUCCUCUUCUACUCGGGUCACGUCGCGGGAUCGAUGAUCGCAGCCUUGGACAUGAGGAGAAAUCAGAGGUUGAGACUAGCGAUGCUUUUUGACGUACUCAAUGUGUUACAAUCGAUCAGGCUGCUCGGGACGAGAGGACACUACACGAUCGAUCUCGCUGUUGGAGUUGGCGCUGGGAUUCUCUUUGAUUUAUUGGCCGGGAAGUACGAAGAGAUGAUGAGCAAGAAACACAAUUUAGUCAAUGGUUUUAGUUUGAUUUCUAAAGACUCGCUAGUCAAUUAA